AUGGACACACUUGCAAAGCAUAGGUCCACUACAAAAGCCAUCCUCCAAUUUCAGGUGUCCCACCGCAAAGGCCUCCCGCACGUAAUCUACUGCCGCGUGUGGCGUUGGCCCGACCUGCAGAGCCACCACGAGCUAAAGCCGCUCGAGAUCUGUCAGUAUCCCUUCAGCGCCAAGCAGAAGGAGGUAUGCAUCAACCCUUACCACUACAAGCGCGUCGAGAGCCCCGUCCUGCCCCCGGUGUUAGUUCCACGCCACUCGGAGUUCGCGCCGGGACAUUCGCUUCUACCCUUCCAGCGGACGACGGAGCCGGCUAUGCCCCAUAACGUAUCCUACUCUGGCUCAGGUUUUCCACCUUCCGCCAGCUCGGAACUCCCCGAUACGCCCCCGCCGGCCUACUCCCCCCCUUCGGACGACACCGAACCACCCGGGGAAGUCGCUCCCGUCUCCUAUCAGGAACCACUCUAUUGGGCGUCCGUAGCUUAUUAUGAACUGAACUGUCGAGUCGGGGAAGUGUUCCACUGCAGUUCUCAUUCGGUGGUCGUCGACGGCUUCACCGACCCGUCCAGCAACAGCGAUCGAUUCUGCCUCGGCCAGCUCAGCAACGUCAACAGGAACUCUACCAUCGAGAACACCAGACGUCAUAUAGGAAAAGGCGUGCAUUUGUAUUACGUGGGCGGCGAGGUGUACGCAGAAUGUCUAUCUGACGCAGCGAUAUUCGUGCAGAGCCGCAACUGCAAUCACCACCACGGUUUCCACCCGUCGACCGUCUGCAAGAUUCCCCCGGGUUGCUCGCUUAAGAUCUUCAACAACCGGGAGUUCGCUCAGCUGCUGUCCCAGAGCGUGAACCACGGCUUCGAAGCGGUUUACGAGUUGACCAAGAUGUGCACGAUUCGGAUGUCGUUCGUCAAAGGGUGGGGGGCCGAGUAUCAUCGCCAGGACGUGACGUCUACGCCUUGCUGGAUUGAGAUCCACCUCCACGGCCCGCUACAGUGGCUCGAUAAAGUCCUGACCCAAAUGGGCUCGCCCCACAACGCUAUCUCCUCGGUGUCUUAGCCGCGUUGCCGAGACCCCCCUCCCCACCGCAUCUUAUUGUAUUUCAAAUCUGGUAUUAGUGAAUCAAUCUCACGAAAGGGUGUCAUGUUUUGUGCAUUUCGUUGUUUUGUAAUUCGUAAAUUAUUCGGUUGCUUUUAGAGUAGGCGCACACCGUUGAUUUUUCGUCGGCCGAUAGUUUAGUCGGGCAGUUGACCAGUAUGGGCAAUGGGCAUGUAUGGGAGUGCGCACACUACGCCGAUUCGAUUUGGACGAUUCUUCAUACAUUUUAAAAUCGGGCACAACUAUCGGCCAACUAAAAAUCAACGGUGUGCACCUACUCUUAGAAAUCAGUUCCGCGUUUUCCGCGUAUCGGGAUAAAGUAACCCUACGUGAAGCCAAUAGUAGAUGAUAUAACCUUGUUUUAGGAUUAACCUCAGAUUACAUACGUAAUAUUAUAUAUUUUGAACUUUAAAGACAUUUAUGCUAGACUGAGAAUUAAAAUUACUACAAUCUCUGACUCGGCGCGAUAAUGUUAGCUUCACAGAUAUUGGCUGAAAGGUUCCCCCUAUUUUCGAAUGUUGCAGCUCAAAUGGCGUGCCCAAUGUAUUCGUAACUACAGACUUAGCGUUACUACUAUAAAGACAGAUACGAUAGACGUACGUUAUGAAAUAAUUAUACUCGUGUAUGUUUAUGACAAGGUAAAAGAUAUUAUUGGUGUACAUAGUGUUUUUAUUUUUGAAAAUGUUCGAUGUAAGUUUAUGGCAUCUAGUUUUCUUUGGCACAAAAGUUCGAAACUUGAAUAUUUACGAUAUUAUGUAAGUGAUGAUUAUACACAAAUAUAUUGUAGUUUAAGACAGAAUGUUAGUUUCGUAUAAAGUAUAUGUUUAGGAGCUUAUUGACGAAUGCAAUUUUUAUUAUUAUAACGUACAGUUAUAUUAUUAAAAGGGACAGUGGCUUUUUUAUUUAUGUAUAUUUAUCUCAUAGCUUUGAUAAUGAACGUAGUCGAUGAUCGCUUACCAUCAGAUCGGGUAUGCCCGAUUGCCGAUAUUUGUUUAUGAAAAUGUUUUAAAACAACAUAAAAAAUAAUGUUCUCCAAUUUAUGCAUAAAUAUUAAAAGCCACACCCCCAAAUGCAUAGUUUUAAGUAAUAUGUGUUCUAUAUUAUAAAUUUUAUGAAUAAGACAAACAGUACCAACUAACAUGUUAUGUCGUGAACAUAAUGUGCAUAUAAAUUAAUUAAUGUACUCUCAUGCUUACUGCUUUGAUGCCAAUCCUAAAUCUGUAAUAGUUUUCACAGGAACUGAAUAAUUAAAGGUGCAGAUACACAUGCUCAAUACUAGCACGAAAGCAUUCUACUAUUGAGUAAAAUGCUCCUUAGAAGCAUGUAUCGAAACAUUUGCUAACAAUAAGCAUUCUCAUUUGAAAUUGUUCGAGCGUACUUGUAUUAAGCAUGCUAAUAAGCAUGACACUUUACGUGCAUGUGUAUCGGUACCUUAAUAUUGCGCAAAAUGAUGGAUUAUAACGCUUGUCUGUCAUCAAAAAGUAAUGGUUUCUCACAUAAAACCAUAAUAGUGUUAUUUGGUGCUUUUGUUUCAACGUAUAUUCGUGCCAUUUCGGUAAAUUUUAAUCUUGAAUUUAUAGCAAAUAAAUUCAAAAUUUUUGCACUAGUGUUUAUGUGACCGAAUCCGAUUUUAUGCAACUAAAACGAUUGUUAUUGAUUAAGUUAAUUUUAUUCCAAGUAAGUUUAUGAAUAGGGUAUAGAGGGGCCACACGGAUAGCUUGAGAGAUUUGGCAGUCGACAACCCUGAAUUUCGUGUGUGACAUGAAAAGAAAACGUGCGCGUUAAACUAUAAACUUCAUUUUACUCUAAAUAGCAGCCACAAAUUUAUACAAAAUUAAAUCACCCUUUAUUACAGGGAUGUCUACAUGUAUGAAAAUAUGGCAAAGUUUGUUUUCACAUUUGUUUAGAAGUAAAAUAAUGUGUGAAUUUUGUUAAACAUGCGCUCAUUUGUCCACUAUUGAAAGUCUACUAAGUAAAAUGACUAACUUAUCAAGCUGCCCGUAUGUGGUCCCUCGUAGGGUGUAAAACAAAGCCUACUAGAAUUUUCUUUGUGAACCAAAUCGGGACAUCGUAUGCAGAACAAAAUAAAGAUGAAAUUGAUCUCAAAAUAUUGAUUAAGAUGGCUUUAGUUCCUCAAAAAGAGUGACUGUGAGGUGUCCCAACAAUGCCUUAGUAGCGCAAUUGUAUUGCAAAUAUUUUGAAAUAUUUACCGAGAAAUAUUAAACUUUAAAUAUUUUAACGUAACUUGGUACUAAAAUAGCUAAUAAUUAUAUUUCAGUACUAUUAAAAAAUUGUAUUUACAUAAUGAAAAAACUUAUAAAAAGAGGUCAGGUUCUUAUAAAACGGCCUGAAAUAUUUUAAGGCUUUCAUUUAGCUAAUACGAGUGAAAUAUACGAAUAAGUCCAAAUAGAAUGUUGAUAAAUCCGUGACUAUUUUUAUUUAUCGACUGCACAGUAAUCAGACAAAGUGAAAUCGUUAAAUUAAUUAAGUCGCAUUCAGGUUUAAUUAU